AGAGCAGUGAAAUCUGUCCUCUGAAUUGCAGUCAUGCAGAAGGCAGGGACAGGCCCGUGCAGCGUGUCGUCCUCCCGGGGUCCUAGUGCCCCUGGUUCUCCUGCCACCUCCAUUGUGGCGAGAAUGGACAAUCAGGUCAUUGGCUACAAGGACCUGGCAGCUAUUCCCAAAGACAAAGCCAUCCUGGAGGUGGAACGACCCGACCUCAUGGUCUACGAGCCUCACUUCAACAUGUCCUCUCUGGACCGCACGGCCCUGUCCCAGAGCAGAGAGAGAUCACUGUCGCCCCAUUCCAUCUCUCCCCCUCCUUCUCCCGAGAUAUUUGCCUCCAAAGAGGUGAAGGAGUGGCCAGAGCACGGGUCUCCAGGAGGUUCCACUAUGGGCUCCACCACCCAGCUCCGCACCAUCAGCCCCUCCACCAAGGGCCACCUGCAUCACUUCCAUAGACCAGACAAUGGCACCAACAUUUACAAGAAGCCUCCCAUUUACAAACAUGACGGGUCCGCCUCCGCAUCCCAGAGUAAACAUGCCAACAUUAUCCAGUCCUCCAAGUUCCCAGCAGCCCAACCGCCGGAUCCCAAUGAGCCGUCAAAGAUAGAGACAGAGUACUGGCCCUGCCCGCCAUCACUGGCCACCAUGGAGAUUGAGUGGAGGAAACGAAAGGGAAAAACAGAGGAUGAGGAUGAGUUUGAGGACCUGACUGAGGAAGCGAAACAUCUGCAGGAGCAGGAACUUAACAAGAUCCAGUCAAACUUGGGCAAACUGAUUUUAAAAGAGGAAAUUGAGAAAUCUAUCCAUAUCCGCAGAAAAACUCGCUCACUUCCAGACAGGACACACAUGCAUUUGGGCUCCUCCUCCAGUGCCUCUAAAUCAGCCUCGCUGCCUGGGUACAGUCGGACAGGCCUAACCAGGCUGCAGUCGGCUGACUUCUGCUCCACAGACGGAGACAAAUCAAAAUCAGGAGUGCAGAACGGAGACACACAGAGAGGCAGAAUGGACAGAGGAAACUCACUGCCUAGUAUUCUGGAACAGAAGAUUUACCCCUAUGAAAUGCUAAUCGUACAGCAGAGAGGGCGUAGCAAGCUUCCUCCUGGAGUGGACCGUAUGAGACUAGAGAGGCACCUGUCUCCAGAGGAGUUCCAGGAGCUAUUCGGAAUGACAAUUACGGAAUUUGAUCGCCUGUCACUAUGGAAACGAAACGAGCUGAAGAAAAAAGUGUCACUUUUCUAACACGAGAACAAGUUUCCAUGGACUGUCACCACCGCUUUGUCAGGGAGACGACUAAUACUCACCUUUAUGUAACAAUAAGUCAACGCAGAAUAUCAGGAUGUGAAAUGAAUACACAUCGUAUAUGAACAGAUUUGAUUUGUAAUUCAUAUUUAACACUGUUUGUCUCUGAUGUAGCCCUGUUGUCUUUAGGAGAUAAGAAGGACUAGCUGUGUCUUACAUAACUCUGUAUCUGUGUGACGUCAUCAAGUACAAUGCACGAUGAUCUGGAUUCGUGCUUCACACAUGCUCUGAGAGGUCAUAUCUUUAAACUGUAUUUUAAAAUCAUCGUUGGCUUGUUCAUACUAAACCCAUUAACAUCUUUAACACGUUGUCUGUCAUCACACUGUAGCUCUUCUGUUUUUCAAAACAGUUGUCAGAGUAUCCGUCGGCAUUUAUAAUGUAAAUAUGUGUUUGACCUCUGCACUGUCUUGAGUCACCACUGACAUUCAUGCUUGCUCUUCCCUGGGUUGUAAUUUUUCAUUUAUCCUGGCUAAAAGUCUGC